UGUGUGUGUGUGUGUGUUGGACUAAUUGGUGUAAGAAUUUUAUUUGGCUUUCAAAUGGUGAAACUAACCUCCUCUACUGGACAAUGUUGGCAGUUUUGGGUCCCUUGGCUAGGACAAUAUUAUGAUGCCAACCAUUCUUUCUUGUCCUUUGCAGAAAAGCAACAAGUGAAAUGAUGUGUAUGCAUUGUUUGAAGGUUCAACCAGUUGGUCCAACUUGCAGUACACCUUCCUGUGCUGGAUUCUCGAUGGCGAAAAAUGUGUACCACUGCCCAUUAUGCAACUUAUGUUGUGUUGGAAAAGGACUUGGCAUAGACUUCUUUCAUUGCAUGACAUGCAAUUGUUGCUUGGGUAUGAAAUUGAAGGAGCACAAGUGCCGGGAGAAAGGUCUAGAGACAAACUGUCCGAUUUGUUGUGAUUUUCUGUUUACAUCAAGUGCAGCAGUAAGAGCUCUGCGCUGUGGACAUUUCAUGCAUUCUGCAUGCUUCCAAGCGUACACUUGCAGUCAUUACACCUGCCCAAUUUGCAGCAAAUCCUUGGGAGACAUGGCCGUGUACUUUGGCAUGAUUGAUGCCUUGUUGGCUGCUGAAGAGCUUCCUGAAGAGUACCGGGAUCGAUGUCAGGACAUACUAUGUAACGACUGUGGCAAAAAGGGAACAUCUCGCUUUCACUGGCUUUACCACAAAUGUGGUUUUUGUGGUUCUUACAAUACCAGGGUGAUCAAGACCGACACAACCAGUUGCUUCACAUAAGAUUAGUGCAGGAAUCCCCUUGUUUUUGUUCAAUAUAUUUUUUUUCUUCAUCUGUGUAAAUAUACACUUAGGAGCAACUUCUACAUCUGUGCUGUAGCACUCAUAGUUCAUAGCCUAUCCCAUUUUUUCACAAAUGCAGCAAGGGGCAAUUAUUUGCAUUUGAAAAUACUUGUUUUGCCUACUCUGGUCUUUAGUCUUUGUACUAGUGAGGCCUCUCAUUUCUUUUUGAUCCUCUUAAAAAGGAAGAUGAUGGAUGUACCUCAUUCCACAGUGGAAAUUUUGAUCAACAGGAGAGUUCAAAUAUCAAUGGGUUUACUUAGACAUAGUUGAAUCGGACUUUGGUGUUUAUCUCGUGACAUUAUGUUGUCAUCGAAGCAUCAAACGCCGAUGUUCUCCAUUCACUCUGUGAUCUGGUAAUUCAUCAUAGCGAAGAACUCUUUAUAUCUUUUUAGUAUUCUCUCCUCUCUAAUUUGUUGUAUCAUGAAAUAGUGAGUGCCCUUUUGGUGUGCACAUUUUAACUGUGUCAACAACAUUGGAUGCCCCUGCUUCUGUUCAUUGUCAAGGCCAACUUAAAUCUGAUUGAUGUAUGGUUGGUAGAUUAUGGUGGUGCAUGAUGGUUUUCAAGAUGCAUGAACUCAUCUCUCCUGCUUACAGUUUGGAUUGAACAGCAAUUGGGUUCCCUAAUGAGUGACAGUCAGCUCAUUGUGUCUACUUCACAGUGUAGCAUUUUUGUUGGGCAAUCUGAUGUUGUCUGAUAUUUACCCUGCAAGUAACAUCGUUUUUUCUCUAAGCAGUGAGAUUAUCAUCCAGUCGUAUGAGUGUCGAAGAAAGAGAAAUGAGCCAAUGAUUUCUCAGGUGCUGUAAUUUGCUACCCACAGGCUUCUGAAAUAACCAAGGUUCUCAGUUCUUUUCUGGCAAGGGUCUCUACAACCAGUUCAUUCAUCAGUAACUCAAGCAUGGCUUCCUCCAUCUUCACUCAGCUCAAAUCCUCCAAUCUUGAAUGCUGACAAGUCUGUGUUUAAAUCUAUGCCAGGCUGAUCACAUCAAAGUUGAAACCUCCCCCAGGCAUUGCAACACAGUGCAGUAGAAACUGCUGUCUGAUGAAUCCAAGCACUCACAAGAUGGAUUCCCCUCUUCAGCAAGCACAUGACCAAUAGUGCAUCUUGCUCUGCUUCCCCUCCAAGCACCUCUGACAAUUGGGAAGAACAAACUGCCACUCUGCUAAUCCGAACGACAACGAGGAUCUCUCUGUGGAACCACAGUCUGGUCUGCAUCCUAGAGGAAGAAGGAAUGCAGAAGAAUUCAUUAGGGUUAUCCCAUCUCUAAAUGUAGAGAUAUAGAUGGGCAUAUCUGAACACAGAUCAAGAGCAGCUGAUGGUUCAGACUUCCUAUGAGCAAUCAGUGAAUAUACACAGAUGGAUUGAAAUAUAAAUUUGAUAUUCUGCAAUCAAAGAAGAAAACUUUUAACACAAAUGGAACUCAGGAAAAGAAUCAUGUCUCACCAUUUUGGCAGAUGCAAGCAAGAUUUGUCACACCUGAUCUACAUUUGGGUUUGCAGCUAUCACUUGACAAAAGCUGAACAUGCAAGAUAAAGAUAUAAUCCGCCUUUCUCAUCAUCCUGAAGAAAAUGAUGACCGGAAUGAUUUCUCUCAGUACAACUUUGCCUACAAGAGUAGUACAACAUGCAACUUUCAACCCAUCAUUUUGCCACAUGAAAACUGUCUUCAACAGAGGUUUGUACAUCUUUCAGAAAUAAGCAUGAAUUAUUCAGUUUUUGUCACUCCCGGAUAAUUAAUUGAUGUCCAGCUGCCUUUCUAUGUCUUCAUGAGUUUGAGCAUCAUGUCUCUUAGGGCUGCUAUUUUUCUCAAAUCAACAUGCAUGUAGACCUGUAUGUAGGAACAUAAACCAAAUUGAUGCUUAAAUUGACUGUUUAUCAUGUAGUUGUUGCCUUCAGUACUCUACCAAUCUUAAAUUGU